AAGAUGUGCGACAGAGCAGUGUGGAGGUGGACACCACACAACACAUGAUUCGCUCCUCCUCCAUGGAGAUCCUGGACGACAACGCGGAUGCCAACAGCUUCACCUCUUGUACUCAGGGAGAUGAGCCUCAGUUUGACAAGCGUGUGGAACAGUUCCGACAGAUGUACAGCCUGGACAGCUCCAUGCCGGCCGCCGACCUCUCCCCACCCCAGUCCGCCUCCGCCUGCCCCACACAGGUGCUAUUUCUGGUGCUGCACGGAGGCAACAUUCUGGAGUCCUCCCAGGAGCUGAUCUCGAAGCGGCGAGACUUGAUGAACCUCAAGUCAACCUUUGACACUGUCAUCCAGUCCCACUACCAGUCGGCCAUGAACAGCAUCCAGUUCCGUCUGGUUCCCUGUCCACACGUGUGUCGGGAGACUUUGGCUCUGCUCUCUAGCCUGUCCCCGUUUGGCUCUGAGCGUCAGAACAGCGGCGGGCCAGACGCUGGCCUCACCCGCACACAGAACUUUGUCCCACUGGGUGCCAUAGCCCUCUUUGCCACGGCCAGCUACGAGUAUCAGGAAGUGGUCACGUCCAUGGUCACGUCGGCCAAUCAGGUGUUUCACGAUUUCCUGCGCUCAGAGGAGGGUAUCGGCUUUGCUGGUCAGGUGUGUCUGAUGGCAGAUGCGACAGGCUCCCUCCUGGCCUAUGAUGCUCUCGCCUCCUCCAGUUCUCCGUUUCUCCGAGGGGGCUCUCGCUAUGGCAGCCACGAAAGCGUCGAGAGCAGUGCCAUCGGUGCGGAACACUCCGGAAGUGCUGGCUUGCCCCCACACCACAUGCCGCGUAGUGCGCGAGAGAUGAGCCUGAGUGACCCGAGUUUGAAUCCCGUGGUCACAGCGUCGUCGAAUCUCAAUGCUCCGAAGCGUACGGAAAGGAGCAAAAGCGAGGUGGCGGCCCCAGACUGCUCCGAGAUCUACGUACCGUGUAAGGAAGAGCUAAGUGCCAGUGCGAGUGUCCCUGUGUCCUCUAUCUCUCGGCACUCGUCACGACACAGCUCCGGGGGUCAUUUGAGUGCGUCGGGUGAAGGUCGCGACAAGGACAUAUCGCGGCGGACCAGCAGCGGGAGCCACUACGAGGGAGGACUGCCAAAGUUUGACUUCGACGUUUCCGACUUCUUUAUGUGUGGUGCUCCUUUGGGACUUGUGUUAUCUUAUCGGAAGAUUCACAGGGGAGAUGACUUGGCAAUUCUGCGGCCAGCCUGCCAUCAAGUGUACAACCUGUUCCACUCCAACGACCCGUGCGCCAUCCGCCUCGAGCCGCUGCUCCACGAAGGCUUCCUCCAGGUGCCCCCCGUGGGCCUGUGCCGAUACUCCAAGUUCCCUCUAGGGGACGGGGAGCCCAUUCAUGUGGUGGAGACAAUCCAGAAGCACCUGAAGCUGUUCACCAGCGAGUCGCGCAGCAGCCAGAGUUCGGACGGUGCACCGCCACGCGGGCUACAGAGGCAGCCCAGUCUGACCAGCAUGACCAGUACGUCCAGCGGCCUGGGCGAGAACACGGUCAGCUCCAUCACCAGUGUGACCAGCGGCUGGUGGGGGGUCAAGCGAAUGGACUACGUGCUGUACUGCCCAGAGGCCCUCCACUCCUUCCCCACCAACGCCCUCCCCCACCUGUUCCACUCCAGCUUCUGGGAGUCGACCGACCUUGUUGCCUUUGUACUGAGACAGGUACUGAAGCAGAACGAGGUACUGGGGGACCCCAGCAGGGGCGUGGCCCGGGGCUCCAUGUCUAGCUUCAAGAUCAAGACGCCGCGGGAGAAGUGGCUCAAGCGACGCACCACCAUCAAAGUCAGGAAUCUGCAGCCCAACCAUCGUGCCAAUGACGUGGUGUGCCUGGAAGAUAAACCUCAACGACUGACGGCAAAAUUCAUGUACGGCUCCCUCGACAUCGCCUCUCUCACCGGGGAGAAGGUUGACGUCAAUGUCAUGAAGCAGCCGUCGUCCGGAGACUGGACGCACCUGGGCACAGAAGUCACCGACAGUCAUGGUAGAUUCAGCUACACAAUUCCCAGUGAGCAGAGACUGAGCCAGGGUCUGUACCCUGUCAAGCUAGUCGUAAAAGGGGACCAUACGUCAGUUGAUUUUUUCAUGGCGGUUCUCCCCCCCAAGACGGAGACGGUGGCGUUCAGCAUCGAUGGCUCCUUCACCGCCAGCGUCAGCAUCAUGGGGAAAGACCCCAAGGUCAGAGCCGGCGCAGUGGAUGUCGUCAGACACUGGCAGGAGCUGGGCUACCUCAUCCUGUACGUGUCAGCGCGGCCGGACCUGCAGCACCGUAAGGUAGUGGCCUGGCUGGCCCAGCACAACUUCCCCCACGGCCUCGUCUCCUUCAUGGACGGCCUCUCCAAGGACCCGCUCAAACAGAAGCUGCAGUACAUCCGUUCUCUGCAGACAGAGGCCAGCAUCGAGCUGAAGGCAGCGUAUGGCUCGGCCAAAGACAUCAGCAUCUACCGCGAGCUGGGCCUGCAGCAGCAUCAGAUCUUUAUAGUGGGGAAAGCCUCCAAGAAACAGCACAGUCAGGCACAGGUUCUCUCUGACGGCUACUCCGCUCAUCUGAGCCAACUCAUGUCACCGGGAUUCACACGGCCCGCCGUUGGCAACGCCCGCAUGUUCCUGCGCAAGUCCAACUUCCGGCUUUCGCCCAGUGAGCACCAGAGCAGGGAGAGCAAGAAGCUGGCUCGCCGCACCAUCUCACACCCGGCCAAACCCUGCGGUGCGGGAGCAGAGUUCUUGCCUCUACCCGGCGAAAGUGCUCACACACGCAUUGUGGUGCAGGACUUCUCUGCCACUGGGGGUGCAGGCAACGGAGGUGGUCGGUCGCGUGGAGGGUCACCUGCGCUACCCAGCACGUCUCAGAGCAAGACCACUGAUGUUUGAGUAGUGAGGAAAAGUCUGUGCUACACAGUUGAAGAAAAUUCACUAUCUGUGAGAGCCUGCUGUGGAUCUGAGAGAAGUGAACCUCGUCAAGAACACUGAGUUAAGUUCUUUCUGUGGAUGUCUGGAGUCUUGAGCGAGGAUACAAUAACCGUUAAACCUUGCUCUUAUACAGUAAAGUUUUACAGUAAAUGUCCAGUCUCGUGCAUGGCUUCAACUACUAUUGAACCUUGCUCUAAAACAGUGAAGUUUUAUAGUCAAUGUCCGGAGUCUUGAUCGAGGCUUCAAUAACCUUAGAACUCUGCACUCGUUCUAUCUAUUGCACUGUUUACAGUGGAAGGUGUAGGGCUCAACUUCAUAUUGUGCAGGAGAUUCAGCUGGUGAAAGAGAAUGAGUGAGCCAGCUGUAAGGAAUUGGUGUGAAGCUGUGUCAGAAUUUCACUCAAAAGGAGAUAAUUUGAGACUGUGAAAUCGCAUUUUUACCUUUUUUUGUCUUUGCCAUCAGAAAGAUGGGAUUGUAACCUUGAUUUUGAUACCCAAUAUUUUUACAGCCAGAAUCAGAAGCUGUGACACAGUGUGCUUUUACGUGGAUUAUCAUUGCGGGAGGAGAAGGUUCUUAAACAGUUCUCGUUUUUAUUAAAGAUGCUCUUCUUUGAGGUACACUUUUUGCUAUUUUAUUUCGAAAACUAGAUUCAGAGUAAGGGUCUUAGGGACAGAAGUGUGGUCUGGACCUUUGAGGUGAUCAUCAACAUUUUGCUGAUGUAUUCCAAGUGUUUUAUCUCAGAUUUUUAUCCCUUUAAAGACAAGAUUGACAAGAGGGAGGACUUGCGGUAGAUUGAUCAGACGAAGAAACAG